AUGGCGCCUACCGAUCUGGUGGAUAUUAGUACAGCUUGCACCCGUCGAGGAUCCAUCAGCACUGUUGGCGUCGUGGUCGAUAAGCUGGAUGUCUAUCGUACCAAAGGGUCCUCAUCUUGUGUCACAUUCACUAUCAAAGAUGCUCACUUUGACACUCCAAGCUGGUCCGGAAGCCUCAAGAUCAAGUACUUCAACGACAAUGAACAUUUCUUACCUGAAAUUCGCCUCAACGAUGUAGUUCUAUUGCGAAAUAUUCGAGGCAAACCCACGGGGGUUGCUUCUCAACAUGAUACAGUCCCCUGGGCAAUCUUCAGGCCAGGGCUAGAUCCCAAUUCAAGCCCGGCUAUCACCAGCGGGCCUGUUCCAUUUGAAUUGAAAGCUGUGGAGAAGAGGUUCGCAAUCUCGCUUCUGGACCGGUUUGUAGUCGAUGAUUAUUCUGCCUCGGCGCCACAACAAACACGUCGAUCGGCUGCUUCGCGACAGCCGUCUCAGGCAGCCCAGUCAUCUCAGGUGAUCCAGACAUCUAUGCCAGCUCCGAAAUGGGGCGGCCUACCCUUCCAUCUAAUCCAAGAUGUCCAACCCAACAAUCUUGCGCAACUACUAGGCCAAGUAGUGAAACUCAACACGUGGGAUAACGAGAGAUGCCUCCUGUACCUUACAGAUUAUACCACUAAUACAGGUCUCAUGGACAUCAAGAAAGAAGGCGGAGACGAACAAGGUCCAGAAGGUGACGAAUACAACUAUAUGGCUCGCAAAAAGAAGGAUUGGCCCGGCCCAUGGGGCCAAUUGACAAUACAGGUUGCUGUCUGGGAGCCGCAUGCCAGCUUUGUACGCGAGCGCGUCAAAGCCGGCGAUCUUGUUCUCUUGACAUACGUGCGUAUCAAAGCUGGCCGCUUCGAAGGCGGCAUCGAAGCUGCCGUGCAUGAAGAUAAAAAAUACCCGGAGAAGAUCCAUGUCCGCCUUGUUUCGCCGAAUUACGAUGAGCGGACCCGAGAGCUUUUAGAGCAUCCGGAGAGAAGAGGGUCAAAAGACUCUCACAGUGGCGACCUCACAAACCAAGAAAAACCCGCACACGCUCCAUCGACUAUAUUCUAUCAGGCGAAUCACACAUCAACAAUCUCCCCGGCGCUAGAAGACUUCGCAGUUAAAGUCCCUGUGAAGCGGAUAGCCAACUACGGAGACAGGGACCAAGAGAUCGACAGCACACCGCGCAUGGAAUGGCAAUGGCGCUUCUGCCUUCUCGUCGAAGGAACCGAGCGUCUUGUCUCAAAAAGUGAAGUCCGGAAACAGAUGAAGAUCUAUGUAUCCGGUGGAGAUGGAGAGCAUUUGCUCAAUCUAGAUGCUACAGAUCCCGAGCGACUAGCUGAGCUGCGAGAGAAGCUGUUCCUUCUGUGGGGCGAUCUCGAGGAAAAGAAGCAAGCACAAGCUACUGACCAAAUUUCGGCCUGGGAGCCGGUUAAAUCCUCCUCGAUGGGGCCGAGCAGCCAUGCAGUCAACCAGACUGUUUCGGCUGGGAACGACGAUUCUCCAUGUUCGGGACAACUAUUCAUUCUUAGAGAGGGGCUUUCGGAUUCAACAAAAACGAAUAUAACCACGAUUUUAAACCUUUGUCACUUUGACGAUGUUGGUGUCAAUACCGUGAGCCACAGGCUCGAAGCGACAGCUGUCUCCGCGGAAGCAGGUCUUUUUCCCGGGUUCGCUCUGCGGGCAACGGUGGCCGUAGAUACACUCCGGGUCGUCGCAUUCCAAGCCAAAGCGGCACGGCGUCAUGCGGGCGAUAGCGGAGAGGAUGUGGAGUUCUUGGCGGGUCAACUUGCGAUCGUGAUCGUGCGAUUAAGAUCAUCACGGGGAAUGCUCUUGAAAUCGAGGCGAUCCACACGCUGUCCAUAUUUGUUUCGUUCGACGGUCUUGGGAGCUGUCGAACCAGCAAGCUUGGAGCGCACAACCUGCUGGAAAUCGGGGGGCUCUGCUUUAUUGGUAUUGGGAGUGCAAGCCGACAGAGGCACGCCAACACCGGAGUAG